GCACACCCGAAUUUCAGAGAUUAGAUGACCAACCCUCUGUUUUGCUAAAGAGAUAUAAUUUAUAACUACACCUCGUCUGCCACCUUCCAAUCCAGAAAUUAAUCAAUCAAUCAAUUCCCUUCUAAUCAAUUGAUCUUCUGCUGUUCUAAAAUCCACUGCUUUCAAUCAUCCCGAAUUAUUAUCUUUAAAAACGAUCCCGUGAUGUCCGGUCACAAAGUUGGUGUUUUCCCCGCCUCAGGAGGUAUUGGAGGCAGCACAGUCAAGCAUCUACUUCCUCGUCUCCCCGCCCAAGAUCUCGUUUUCAUCGCGCGCAAUCCCGCAAAACUAGAGUCUGCUAAAUCUGCCGGUGCGGAUGUUCGUCAGGCGAACUAUGACGAUGAUGAUUCUCUAAAAAAUGCAUUCCAAGGAAUCGAUACUCUCUUCCUCAUUUCCUACGCAUCAGUAGAAUAUGAACAUCGCGCAGAGCGUCACCGCACCGCUAUCGACUUCGCUCUCCGCAGCGGCGUCAAAAACAUUUUCUACGGCUCCCUAGGCUUCGCUGAUAAAGAAAGCAGUCAAGAAUCCGUCGCCCACGUGAUGCGCGCCCAUUUGGACACCGAAAAAUACCUCGAAAACUGCACGCGCACCCAUCCCGGUUUCGCAUACACGAUUGUACGCGAGGGACUCUAUUCUGAAUCCUACCCGCUGUAUACCUCAUUUUUCGACCCCAAGAAUCCCGUCGAGGAGAUCUGUAUUCCGCACGAUGGAGCCGCGCCGGGUGUCGCAUGGGUCAAGCGAGAAGAGCUUGGUGAGGGCACUGCAGAGCUUCUGGCUCGUUUUGUGAAGGAUCCGGCGGGAUUCAAGUAUCGUCUUCAAACGGUUCUGCUCUCCGGAGCGAAAAUCCUCACGUUGCAGGAGACGGUGCAGAUUCUUGGGAAACUGGCAAAGAAAGAUGUGCGUAUUCGUCAGGUUUCGAAUGAGGAGUUUGCGAAGCAGCCACAGGUUGCGCCGAGUUUUGUGUACCAUGGAGUUGAUCUGUCGGUGCUUUGGACGACGGCGUUUGAAGGGCUUCGUAGAGGUGAGGCGGCGGUUGUGUCGCCUUUGUUGAGGGAAUUGUUGGGACGGGAACCGGAAGAUUUUGAGACGACGAUUGCGGCGUCGUUGUAAGUUGUAGGGGGAAUGGAUUUAUUGGAGUUGAUAGAAUUGGUUGGGUGGGAGUCUUUGGAUCUUGUGGUAGAUGAUGUGUAGGUUUUAUAUAAAGGAUGGCAAUGGAUAGAUUAAGAAUAGAUGGAU